AUGCAUGAAAGAAUAAGUGUAUGCAACGAAGUAACUUCAAAUUAUGGAACUGAACUAAACGUAUCCACUGAAGAGCAGCCGAAUUCUACUAACGGAUGGCGGAAUUCGUCUCAAAUCGUUUUAGCGCAUUCAUCAUCCGCUGAGGCGCCGAUUCCCAUAUCCGGUUUAACUAUUUCUCCAGACAUUGCCGUCAGUUCGACACAGUAUAGCUUCAUCAUACCAGAAACUCCUGUAGUUGUUUGA